AUGAUCAUUUGGACUCCAACUUUCAGAUCCGAAGAGGAGUACCAGCUGUACGAAUUCUUUGCUGGGAAGGCGAACCUGAGCAAAUGCAGUCGGGCCUCAGGACUGCGAACGGCCUCGUUCGAUAUCCUGUUUGACCCUUCACAGCCCCACCAUGGAUCCAACUGCAUGGACAUCAAUUCUGGCAGUGGCUUUGCGUUGUGCCUCCAUUCACUUUUGUGCUCAGCGGACAAGUUCUUGGCCACCUUUGCCAUCAAGUGUGCGAGCUGGUCGUCGGUAAACCGUGGGACCAGUUACAGAACCCCUUGUACAUCGAUUGGGUACGAGCAAUAUCCUUCAGUCACCAACUCAAACAUGAUGGCUGGGCGGCUAUGUCUACUGCUUUUGGUGGUUUCCUGCCUUGGAGGAGCAUGGCUGGUCGAACAGCCAGACCUAUCAGUUUUGGAAUAUUUCCCACCAUUCCAAUCGCUGCUUUGUCAAUUGUAUGAAUCUUCCGGUGGAACAUCUGUAUUCCGGACAAAGUGGUACAUGGCCCAUUAUGGCGGUGCCACGCCAAAGCCCCAUUACGCUUGGGGGAAUAGCCGUCACAUUGCAAAGCUGGACAUGGGACGGCUUGUGGGAUGGCAUGCCAAAAAACAACAAGCUGGUGUCCCAAAAGUCAAGACCUGUGAAACGUACAAGAACAAGAAAGGGGAGACCUGUUACAAAGGAACCCGCCAGCUUCGCAAAUCGGAGGAAUAUCCCGUACAGUUUGGCUUCAAAUUGAUUGAUAUCUACAGUGAUCUCGUGAGUUCAGCGUGUGGCCGUGCAGCUUUUCCGGAGAAUGCUGACAUGAUUCCGCCAGCCAGGGAAUCAUAUGAGGGGAUGCCGCAUGAACAUAUUUCCCUGGAGUGGGCUAAUUUAGUUGACGUGUUCAACUACCUCCGCCAGGGCAAACACCUGGUAAUUCCAGAAGCCUGGAUUCAUUUGGUUCCAAAACCAUUGCUUUGA